CUGUUCACUUAACCCAACACUAAUUCGCACAUGUUUGAAAUCAUUGUUUUGUAAAAUGUUGAGAAAUGGAAAUAUGCUGUACGCUCUUGCACAGACAAAUAGAGAAACCCGCAAUGUUUACCUCAAUGUCGUCGAUCACAGUGUUCAAGACACUGACGUGACGACGCAGGCACAAUCUAUAAAUUCUCUACUUUCUGAAGCAAAAACGCGGGCAAUUGGAUUACGUUUUCUCAUCGAAUAUCUAAAUCGCAGUACACAGAAUGUUAUUCAAGAUAAAGCCAGUCAUUGGUUAUCCAUCGUACUAAGAGCUUGCAAUCUUAAGGAAAUCCGCUCAUAUGGUGAACUUAUUUAUGAAACAUUGGCCCUGCUUGUAGCGAAAAUUCAAACUAUACCUGAUAUAUCAAAAUGGUUUGGAGCUACGUAUCUCUUAAAGUUUUACGAGAGCUUAAGUCUUAUGGAACAACGGACAAGCUUAUGCUGCACGAUUUCUGUAUUAAAGUCAAUAAAACAAUGCUUGAAAUACUAUCCUGGACCUAGUAAAUCUGGAAAAAAUCUGGUAAUGCGAUACCUAGUUACCGUCUUGGACAGUAAUGAUCAAGAUGUAGUCUAUCAAAGCGGAUGUUGUUGGUUGUUGCUGCAACAGGUUCGAAACAAUUCUAACAACACUGGCAGCUUUAACGAUAAGACACAAUGGCAGCAUUACCAAAUAGGUAUACUGGGCAAUCUAAACACUCUUUUAAAUGAGGCGUUUCCCAAUUAUGAAAAUGUUUGUAAUACAAUUGUUGUAAGCCACAAGUUGGAACCGUUUGAACUGAUACUAAAAGGAGAUCCUAUUGAAAGGGCAGCACAGGCUUCCAGACGCUUUUGCAAUAUUAUUGAGUUUCUCAAGAUUGCGUUAAGCUUUCCGUAUUCUUCACAUAAAUUAAUACAUCCAACAAAAAUUUUGGGUCUUGUUCAACGUGGAUUAGGAAUGAAUUUUACAAAUUGUGAAACCAGUCCGAGUAUUGAUACUAUGUUUCUUGGGCACUUUUUACCCCAGAUGCAUACUAAAUUAUUAGAAUUAUUGGAAGUCCUUAUUGAUAUCUGCCACACUCACCUCAGGAUGCAUUUCCCAUUGAUAACGGACCUUCUAUUAGCGACCCUUAAAAACACGAAGUGCUUAUCGAUUGGUGGAACUCCAUUGCAUUUUAUUAAUUUGCGAUGUAAGGUGUAUGAAGUAACAAGAUUGUGGCUGACUACUUUUGUCGAAGGAAGCGGAUAUGAUUUAAUUUUAGAGCACCUUAUUAAAAAUAUAUUCGAAGAUAUACAGAUAUGCCAAACGGAUAUAUGUUUGGUGUCGGCGCCUCUAUCUAAAAAGUCACCUGGAAACAAAAAUAAAGAGGCCUAUUUAACAAAGUCUGAAAAAUCGUUUCCAAGGAAGACGAUUAUUAAUAAAAGCGCAGAAUUAGUUUGUGGGCAAGCUUUGCGUUGCUUGCAAGCGGUUCUUCUUUCAGUUGGACACUUAUUAAAGCCGUCUUUUCUUAAGGAUAUAUUCAACACUAUAUUGGAAAUCGGAGUUCAAAUUUAUGAGAAACGAAUAAUAAUGCAAUAUCCUUAUAAUGACUGGCACAAUCGUCUGGAAGUGUACGAAACCUUAUUCGCAUUUAUUAGCCUGCGAAAUCUCAGCUAUCCUCCACCCACAGAAAUAAUUAUUCAUAUGUUAAUCGAAGCGUACAGUAAAGAUCCACGCUUCGAAGUACGCAGUAGAUGCAAAAUUAUGAUCGACUCAAUUGAAAAAAUACUACAUCCUCAAAAAGAAAGCUUAAUUUUUAAGUUGCAUGUUGAAAACUUAAUAAGCGCAACUAAAAGUGUUGAACCACAAAAAAACGUUAUCUAUAAAAAUCCAAUUGAGGCUUUACAAAAAAAGGAAAAUUUAAACAGUUUUCAAUCAGAUACAAUUGAUCAUACUACAGUGCAAAUUUCCAAAUCGGCAAAUGGAGAAACAAGUGAGUUUAUUCCUCUCGGAAUAUUAAAAAAAACGCAAAUAUCGUCAACUGCUAUGUCAAUUGAAAAUCAAGUGUGUAUUGAUAAGCCUGCAGUUAGUGACAUAAUGGUUACUUUUGAUGGUAAUGAUAAAAAAAUGACUCCAGAUAUUGAAAUGCCUUUAAGACUAAACACAGAAAACUUACAGCAAAAUAACGAAAACAACUCGAUUGCUUCUAUACAAGAAAAUAAGUUUGAUGAUGAUAAGUAUAUUGCUGAACUGGAGGCAGCAUUUGUUGAUGAACUUAAAUAGUUACUAAAUUUUAAUUCAAACUCA